UAGGCAGACGCUCGCUUUCUCACCUUGGGGUAUUUUUAUUUGAAUCUAGGCGCAGGCAUAGCUUUAGCAAUGGCUUUGGAACUGUGGUGAGGGCCCAGCUAAUCGGCCAGCAAUUUCUCACCGCCCAAGUUAUCUAUUACCCGGGGCUGAUCUGGAUGUAAAAAUAGCCACUGAGGCUGUUUGUUUAAUCUGACUGUUAUUUGACACCACGCGGGUGUUCCAGGGCUGACUGUUUGCCUCUUCCCCACCAAGUACACCACUUGGUUUUUCCGGCUGAGUCUCUAUUUAGGUAAAGCGUCACUGACUUCCAGCCUCUGGCCGGCUCUGGGACACAGAUUUCCCUGGGCUGGGCAGGUUUGUGAGAAACAGGGCAUUCCAGGGCUCAGCUGCACCUCCCUCUCAUCUUUGGGGCAAAGAGGGAAAAAGAAGUUUGGACGGCUGAAGCGGGCGGCUGCCGGAAGAACCGGGUUCUCUCUCUCUCUCUCUCUCUCUCUCUCUCUCUCUCUCUCUCUCUCCCUCUCUCGUCCCUGGGGAAGAGGCCUAAAGCUCCAAGCGCUGAGACCCACAGAGUGUGGAAGAUGAGCCGUGAUGAUACGCAACACGGGCAUGAGAAGUUUUAAAGCUACAGAUCUCGAAACUCACUGAGGCAGGGACCUGCGGCUCCUACUUCUGUAACAGAAAACAGAGAAGAAAAAAAAAAAAGUGCAUUUGUACCUGGUCACAGAGGAGCCUGAGUCUGUGGGCAGAGGACUGACCACACCUGACCCAAAACCACUGCCCAAAGGCGCCCGCCGGUUCACCGAGGCCAUCUUCCCAGUGCCGUCGGACGAUGCAGGGGAACAAGAAGUGCACGGAUGGGUUCAGCGACACCUCCAGCAUCGGCAGCGUGUUGGACGAGGCCGACAGGGAGGUGAGCAGCCUCACGGACCGUGCCUUCCGGAGUCUGUGCCUCUCCGAGGACCCGUUCUUCCACGACUCCGAUCUGGCCCUGUCCCAGGACCCCACCGGCCAGGUGCUCGGGGCGUUCCCCCAGGGCACGGUGAGCCACACCCACAGGAAAAGUGGCAUCUGGAGCCAGCUACCGGCAUCGCAAGGCACGGAGCAUGCGGGCUGGGCGGCCACCUUCCAGCAGCUACCCAAGUACGUGCAAGGCGAGGAGAAGUACCCCAAGAGCAGCCCCCCGCUGACUCCGGCCCAGAGGAGGCUGGAGGUGCCGGUGUCGGGCCUCAGGAGCGGCAGCAAGCCCAUUUCCAAGGUCUCGUCACUCAUCAAAUCGUUUGACAGGCCCGAGAGCCAGCGCUGCGACAGCAGGCCGCCUCCCAGCAAGCCCCCCGUUCUGAAAACCACCCCCAAGUUCGCUCCUCUUCCAGACAGCGGAGUCAACUUCUGCUUCGAUUCCGCCUUCUUAACCGUCCGCAGAGUGCCCGCCGAGGUGUCCAACACGCAUCAGAACCAACCCAGCAGGAAGCACGGAGGCCAGGAGUCCCCCAAGAACCCCGACAUGGCUUGUCCCGGCUCCGGCAGCUUCCUCCCAGGCGUGGACACUGUGACCAGCUCAGCCCAGUUCCCCUCCCCGCCCCACAAGCCAGCCAAGGGCGACCCGGGGAGAGGCAAAGAGUGGGCUCCCAAGGGGACAUUUCUACACAGUGAAAACAGUGCUUUCGAGUCAUGGAACGCCCACCAACCCAAGCUCUUGGAGAGAAAGGACACCGCGGACCCCACCCCAGACACCAAGGCCCCCAAGCUUUACCAGGAUGCGCCCUUGCUAAGGGAGCCCCAGCCCCCCGAGCACAAGGUGUCUCCCUGCCAAGUCCGGGCCAGCUGCGGUCAGGAAGAGAGCAGGUUAGCGGCAGGGGCUCUGUCCACGUCGGGACCCUGGGGGCUCAGGGACCCGGGAUCCCAGGCGUUCGCGACGGAGGGCAAAGCUGCCAGCUCAGAGCCUGCCCCUCAGGUGAAACCCAGCCAGCCUCCCUGGAGGAAACCGAAACUUGGCAAAGGAGGGAAAGAGAGUCUACAGGACGGGCCAGAAGGGAAGCAACAGAGCCCCAGGAGGGAGCCGCUCUUGUACACAAAGCACAAUCCCCAGGGGCAGUUUCCAGAACAGGAGGCUCCUGACAUGCCUGGGGACCCCAGCCAGCAGUACAGCCCCCCCUUUAACAUCAGUAAGCUCCUGACGCCCAUCAUCCCCACCAAGCAUGGUCUGGACGCCUCAACCAGCCAGCCGCCGGACACAACCCCCUCCCCGCCUGGCCAGCUCAAUGGCUACCAGGAGAAGGAGCCCGGCGAAUGUCCCUCACGGGACAGCUACAAGUCCAAGGCCCCCAGCCUGCUGUUCAACCUCAAGGAUGUACGGAAACGCGUGAAGAGCACGUACAGCCCCUCGCCUCUCCUGAAAGGGCUGGACGAGAAAAGCAGAGGGAAGGCUGACGGCCAGCAGGAGGCCCUCAAUGACUUGCUGCCCCUACCCAAUGGGCUCCAGGAGAGCCCACCUCAUGAGCUCGCCCAGGACAGCCCCGCCGAUGCCCCUCCGGCAUCCUACACCGGCACCCAGCAGGACCCGGCAGCCCGCCCCAGUGAGACCUCUGCAGGCAGCUAUGCAGCCCUGGGCUCGCCUCCGACUCCUGCCCAAGCCCCGUGCUGUGUCAACGGGGAGGCUGUGGAGAGGAGCUGUGAUGAGAAGGUUGAAGCCGCCGAGGACGGGGAGGCAGAGGUGGGUCCCGCCAGGCCCGGCUUCCGGCCGGACUCCAGGAACCGCCGCCCCAGGAAGCACCUGUCCCUGAAGCUUACGUGUGGCUUGGAAUCUGAGGCUGUGGCGGUGGAGACCCAGCAGCUGCAGAAUGGGCUCCCGAGAUCCAUCUCCCAGGACACGGAAGCCGAGAGAGAGCUGGGGCUUCCGAACAUGCACCCGAUGCAGAAAUUCUCCCCAGGGCCUCUGUCACCGGAGGAGGAGGACGUGUUCUACAGUGACAGCCAGUCUGAUUUUACGCCUGGCUUCCAAAGCAAGGCCAAGUUCAGCACCAGUUCCUCGGAUCAGUCCUUUGCUUCAUUCGACGAGCCGCAGAAGCCGUGGUUUGCCGCCACCGCCGCCGAGAGCCAGCGGGACGACAGGAGGAGUGAUGGGAGUGCAGGUGAUGGUGAGGAGAAGGAGAAAGGGGAUGUGGGGGGCAGUGAGGCCCAGCCUCAGGCCGCCGCCGCCGCCGGGAACCGGAAGGAGUGUGUGCAAGAGCACAGGCAGAGGGAAGCGUUGUUGCAGAGAGAAGGGGAGAGACUGCCUGCAGGGAGACAGAGGGAGGCAUCCACAGAGGAAGUGGAUUUCAGAGGCUCUCAGCCCGAGGUGGUGAGGGACAAGGCCCCAGUGCACGCCAAAGACCCCAUCCCCUCGCCACCUUCUGUGGCCAACAAGCACAUACUGUUUGCCAUCAAAGACAACACGCUCAGGGCCACCCCGGUCAUCAAGCCGGUAAUGCUGCCUCUCCUGAGGGCCAUGUCCUCCGAGGGCUCGCUCAGUGGCAGCCACAAAGGGGACGACUCACCCAGGCCAGCGUGGGCUGAGGACGCCCAGCUGGGUGCCCCGGAGAGCCAGGGUAGGCGUGGCAACUGCACCCCUACUGACGAGUGGGGCACCCACCUGAAGCCCGGCGCCUCCCACGGCCUGGAGGACCAGGACACAGCACAGCAGCCCAGGGCGGCCAGCAUGGAGGCCUCUCAGCCAGCGCACGAAGAGCUUUUCCCAGAUCUGCCACUGGUGGGAGAAGGGGACAGGCGGAAGGUCCCCCUAGAGGUAGCCCGCAAAGCGUCCUGGAGCAAGAGUAGGUCCGCCAUGCCCUGGGAAAUCCCUACCAUAGCUUUACCGGACAGCGACAGCGACCAGGCAACUCAGCCUCGCCCACAGCCGCCGGGCACCUGCUGGGAGGAGCAGGCGCGGGGUUUCCAGGGCCACUUUUUGGCUGCACCCAGAGCAGGGCCCCCAGGGAGAAGACUGCACCCCGGGGAGGCGGCGGCAGUGGCGGCUUCCCCAAACCCCAGCUCCCAGGAGGAGGGCAGUGCGUACUCCCCCGCAGCCAGCAGCCUUUGGGACGACACUUCCCAAGCCCCCAGCGAACCGGCGGACGAGCCCCCGCGAGCCAGCCCCUGGGCCGGCCCUGGUCAGGCCAGGGUCACGCGGCGCGAGGACCUGACGCACGCCCUGGUGUGGGAGACGGACGGCUCCGAUCCCCAAUUCGAAGGGGCCUCGGAAGAUCUCCGGACGCUGUCUCCGAGAGGCGCACUGCGGGACGCCUUCCCUAGCCCCGCGGGCCCCCCGGAGAAGCCCGAGUCUCCUGCUCAGCCGCCGCCGCCGCCGCCACCACCACCACCGCCGGAGAGGGCGGCCGGCAAGCCUCCCGCAGUCCCACCCAAAACGGAGAAGGCCCUGCGGCGCGCCAAGAAGCUGGCCAGCAAGCGGCGCAAGAGCGAACAGGUGCGGGAGAAGCCGGCCGAGCCCGGGGACGCCACGCCCGGCGCCACCGCCGAGGACUGGGCACGGGCGGAGCGCAGGCCGCCGUCCCCGGGAGACGCGCCCCGGCCGCGCUGCGCCGCGCUGCGCUCGCUGCCGCCUCCCGCGCACCGCCACUCGGUGUCCGGCUUCCCGGAGCCCGUGGGGAGGUGGCCCGGGGGCCCCCAGGCGCUCACACCCCUGCCCCCGUACCCCGCCACCCAGAAGGUCCUCCAAGACCCGCAGUCCGGGGAGUAUUUUGUCUUCGAUUUGCCGCUGCAGGUGAAGAUCAAGACCUUCUACGACCCCGAGACGGGCAACUACGUCAGGGUCCCGAUCCAGGCCUCCGACGGGGGCUCCCCGGAGCCGCCCCCGGCCGACGCCCUGGCGGCCCCGUACGUCCUGUACCCGAGCUGCCGGCCGGUGCCCGUGACCGCCCUGAGGCCGCUGCGCUGCUCCUCCCAGCUGGCCGCCCCCACCUUCCUGCGGCAGGCACCCCGCGCCCUCGAGGGCUCCCGCGCGCGGCCCCAGAGCGCCCACGACGUGGGACUGCAGCUGAGCGCCGGACCCCGGAGCGAGCCCGCCCCGCAAGCCGCCACUGCCGCCCAACGCCCCCGGGGGCUGCCCAGGAGCCCGGUCGGGGCAGGCGCGGAAGCGCCGGACCUGGGCAUCAUUUCCACCGAUGACUUGGAGGACUUCGCCACCGAGGGCAUUUCUUGAGGGUCGCGGGAGCCUGACCCCCCCCCCCCCCACCCCCACCAGAGCUUAAGGCCCCUUCCCCCAGAGCCGCCCACGAGUGCACCCGAGACAUCAGUAGGCCCCAGGCAUUCGCCACCAGCAGGUGCAGGUCCUGAGACAGCCGGGCCUCUGAGGGAGGGGGCUGCUUGCAUAGCCUGGACUCUCUGACCUCCUUGGCGAUCCAGCCCCCUCACUUCCUCUGCCCCGCCACUAGCAUGGGUGGGUCACAGGACAGUGGGGCUCUAAGGGUGCACUAAUGCUGCACCCAACCUGCCCGCUCCCAGAUCGGAGAGGCCCCCAGAAAUGCUGAGCCCUGCUCUGGGCCCCGAGCACCCUACGGGGCCACACACCACACCACCUCGACUCCCGCCUCCCGCCAGGGGCCAGGCAGCACAGGGGUCCUGAAGCUCCAGGACCUAGCCAAGGCCGUGUCCCAGAUAUGAUGAGCUUAGAACGGGUUUACUUCACCAGGGAAAAUUUGUCUCCAGAAGCUUCUCCCCCAUCAAAAGGAGGCCACCUUUUACAAAGUGAAACAAGUUUGCAGAUGCAGUUCUGUCCUGUCUUUCUGUGAGCAGUGGGGGGGGGGGGGGUGUUAUGGGGCAGGGGAUCUCCGCCAGGAAGGAGAAAGGGAGACCCUCAAAGAUGGCCCAGGGAAACUGAGUCAGGCCCUGGCUGCGCCUGUGUAGUGAGCCGUACCUGCCCCAGCCUCCGGGGAUGCAGAGAAAGCAUCUGAAUGGGGGGGGGGGGCAUGUGUCACCGCCCCUUUGAGAGUCUCAGAGCAGGUGCACAGGCAGGUGCACUGGGGUGGGGGGAGCCGUGCCGAAGCCGCUUCAUUCCUGUUCUGGGAAAGACCCACUCCCUUGUUUAUGUGGGGACUGUGGAGCCCCGAGCGUCAGGGGACUGUGCAAAAUGCCCGGACUGCUCUGCUUGCCAGGUCAGCCCACGCCGCCACUGAGAGAUGCCGAUUGCAGACUUGCAUGCGUUCGGGGCCUCUGAGCUGAUUCGGAAUUGUGAUUUGGGGUCAGGGUCGUUCACCUGUUUGCUUUCUCAACAGGUACAGCCAUACUUGAAUUUCGUUAUGACAAUGCUGCACAAACCCCCACCCCAUCCCAGUGCUCUGAAUUUGGCUACCUCUGGUUUGCCAGCCAGGUGAGCAGCUGUGAGAGCAGGCAUGCCGUUGUCCUGUAAAUCUGACUGCGUGCGAGGAGAGCAAAGUCCUGCCUUGAUGCCACCCCCACAUCGAGGUCCCCUCCGCUUUUGUCAUCUUCCUAAAACAAGAAAAAGCAUGCCUCUCUAACAUCUGCAGCGCCCUCACCUCAAUGACAACCGUGGUGACAGCAACUGUGUCCCCACAAGGAAAACCGUGACUUUGGGGCAUUUAUUUGCCUCUGUCUUAGACGUAGCGCUGGCAGGACUGUGGGUGGAGCUAAAGCCCCAGGGACAGGUGCGUGAAGAGCAGUCCCCUUGGCUGGGCUCUGGCAGCUUGCAGCAUCGAGGGAGUCCAGCCAGAAGGAAGCCCUCGCUUGCUCACUGCAAAGCGCCCGGGAUCCCGGAAGCAGAGGCCUCCAGGGGACAGAACUGACAGUCACUAGCUGAGGACAGCUCCUUGGCCAGGGAUGGCUGCUCUCUGUUCGACUCUAAGAGAAGCCAUUUGUGCCUCCUUCCCUUCCCCCUUUUUCUUUCUUCUGUCUCUCCUCCCCCCAACCUCUCUCUCAUUCCCCCUCCUCUUCUUCUCUUCCUUCCAGCCUCCUCUCUCUCUGUCUCUUUCUCUUUCUUUAGAUUUAUGUAUUUAUUUGAAAGGCAGAAUUCCAGAGAUAGGAAGAGAGAGAGAGAGAGAGAGAGAGAGAGAGAGAGAGAGAAAUUGAGAGGGAGAGAGAGAGAGAUCUUCCAUCCAAUGGUUUACUCCCCAAAUGGCCAGGGCUGGGCUAAUCCAAAGCCAGGAGUCAGGAGCUUCUUCCAGGUCUACCACAUGGGUGUGGUGGCCCAAAUACUUGGGCCAUCCUCUACUGCUUUCCCAGGUGCAUUAGCAGGGAGCGAAUCAGAAGUGGAGCAGCUGGGACUUAAACCGGCAUCCACAUGGGAUGCAGGUGGCAGAUUUACCCACUGCACCACAGCGCCUGCACCACAGCACCAGCCCCACCCUCUCUUUUACAAACAGUUGCACUGUGCCAGGCACUUUGAUGGGUGCUAAAGACACCAGAACUAUGGAAUCUGGUCUCUGCACUCAAGACACUAAACUCUAACAGAGGAGAAAGAGAGCCACGUGUUAGCCAUUGCCUAGGUUGCUCUGAGCGGCUCCUAGCUCCUGCUGGAAGGAAGAGGGGCUUCCUCUGGGAGAUGGGGCAUGACUUGUCAGCCAACACCAACUGAUACGUCAGCUUAUGAGAAAAGCAGGCUUCUCCCAGCCCUAGUCAUCGAUCACAGAUGGCGUCGAUUAGAUGCCGAUAGAUUUGCCUUACUGUAUCAAGGUGCAUUGAUCUAGCAAAUUGUUCUCGAACGUUUCCAAGCAGCAAGAGCUGAGGCAGUGCAGCUCCUCUCUCAGGAUAAGACCUUUCUUGAUAUGCUCCCUUCGGCUUUUGGGCCGACAUGUCACUCAUCUGACUUGCUCAGAAAAACCACUGCAUCUACCAUUGUGUUAUAGGACGGUGGUGAGAAUUAUGAAAACAUAAUUUCUGGAAA